AUGCCGUUCCUCGACAACGAAACCGUCCAGGCGACACCCGUCGUCAACAAACUCCCGUCCGAUCCUUUCCACAAACUGGUGCGGGAUCUCAGUGACCUCCUUGGCCCCAGCUCCGGAAUCGAUUCGGACGAUGUAGACCCUAUGGACAUCCAGAGACUGAUGGAAGGAUACACCUCCAACCCUAAUGAGUGGCUGCACUAUGCCCUGGCGGACGCCAGCAGAGCCUAUACACGAAACCUUGUCGAUGAAGGGAAUGGAAAGAGUAACCUACUUAUCCUCGUGUGGUCUCCCGGAAAGGGUAGCCCUAUUCACGACCACGCAAACGCACAUUGCGUGAUGAAGAUAUUGAAAGGGUCCCUGCAGGAGACCCUGUAUGACUGGCCAGACCAGGAGCGGACAGAGACUGGAGAAGCCUCCCCAAUGAAGGUAACCAGACAAAGGGUGUACGGCGAGAACCAAGUCACCUACAUGUCCGACAAGCUUGGCCUCCACAAGAUUACCAACCCUGAUCCAAACGACUUUGCCAUCUCACUUCACCGGGCAGAAGCUUUAAGGAGGUUCCUCAACGCACCCCCUCACAGGGAGCGUUCGCGUAAAGAGUUUGCUGAUGAGUUAUGA